CAUAAAGUAGCUAGCUUGCUAGUAAAUAUGAAAUUGAGGUAGGGUGAGUGAGGCCAAACUAAAUAAUUCCGUAACAAGUUAUUGGAAUUGCCAAACCGCCUCAGUUUUUUUUGCGCCUCGCCGAAAAGGUCAUAACACAAAAAAAAGCAACAGAGAUGACUGAGAAUUUCGACCGAGCUCCAGGCGCUGGUAGAGCCCGUAUAAAGCCAAGAAGCCCCGGCCUUGCAGAUGUAGGAGACGGAGACGGGGACGCCACAUCUGGUUUCAACCAGCGUGAGCCUCUUCGGCAACCUCGGACGUCUCCACCUUUGACUGAGAACAACCCAAACAAUAGUGAAGCUAUCGGCGGAGAAAGCAGAAGCCCAAGCAAACCCCACCAAUUCAUUCACAACCACAGCACUCCUGCCUCCAAAGUGAAAAGUGUGGACUCUCUGGUGAAUACCUCCAUUCUGUCAGCCAAUGCACCGGAGUUCUACCCUGCUAGCUUCUCCCCCUAUGAGGAAUCAGUUUCAGAGGAUGGCAGUGAUGGCUAUUAUACUGAGAUGACAUUGGCUGAAUUGGUUGAGGAGUUUCUCAGCUACCUAAACUCCUCGCCGGGGUCCUUUGAGAUGGACAUUGAGCACAUGGUAAACAUGCUGAACAGCUGGGUCACUACUGAGGAGACGCUGCAAGAACUGGUGGAACUCAUCUACACACAAUCUACUGCUAUCCCCAAUUUCUCGUACACGGGGGCAAGGCUCUGUAACUUCCUGUCUCAUAACCUCCUACUCAGCCCAGCAAGUGGAAACUUUCGUCAGCUUUUACUAAAACGGUGUCGGACAGAGUAUGAACAGAGGGACGUAGCGGUGCGGGGAGACCAGGAGACACAGAAGAAGUUCCAGGCCUAUGUGCUCUUUCUGGGGGAGCUCUAUCUCAGACUGGAGGUAAGGAGUGCAAAGGGGCCUCCGUCCCGAGCUGAGAUCCUGCUAAUCGCCCUGAGGGAGCUGAUGAAUGCCCUCUUCUCGAACCCAGUGGAUGGAAACCUCAUAUGUGCUGUCAAACUGCUUAAGUUGACAGGCUCGGUUCUGGAAGAUGCGUGGAAAGAGAAAGGGAAGUCUGACAUGGACCAGCUAGUCCAGAGGAUUGAGAACAUCGUACUGGACACCCAGUGCAGCAGGACUGUCUGUGUGUCCAUCAGAGAUGUGAAGCAGAUGUUAUUGCGGCUGGUGGAGCUGAGGUCUAGUAACUGGGGCAGAGUCCAUGCUGCUGCUGCUUCCGACGCUACACCUGACAAUGACCCCAACUACUUUAUGAAUGAGCCUACGUUCUACACUGCAGACGGCACUCCCUUCACAGCAGCCGACCCUGAAUAUUCCGAAAAAUACCAGGAGAUCCUGGAUCGGGAAGACGACUGUUUCCCAGAGGACUGUGAAGAGAAUGGAAAUGAAUCGUCGUUCAAUGACGAGGAUGAGAUGGACCCUGAGAUCGAGGAAGCUUUUGAGAAGUUCUGCCUAGAGUCAGAGAGGAGACGACGAUGAGAGUGCUGCGACAGACUGAACUGGCACAUACCUUUCGUGUUCGACAUGCUGGAAUGUUUGCGACUGGAAAAAAUCUAAGAACUAGCGAUGUUUUUUGAUCUUUUUUUAAAAACAAUACAGUUUGCUCUUCCUGGCAGUUCACUUACAGAUUUUCUUCUGGCUGGGAUUUGUGUUGGUUGGAAGAUAGGGGACAAUCAACUACAUCAAUAAUCUGCUGAGUUAUACCGACUGUUCUGAGUUUGGAUUUUUUGGGGGGUGGGCGGAGUUCCUUCUCUGCUUUUGAUUCUUUCAGACACACUUAUUUCCCUUGGUCUUCGUCUUAACGCCACAGGGAAAAUGUGUGCUGUGGAUUUGAAACACUGUUUACACAGCCACCCUAAAAACCCAACUCUAGAUAUAGAAAGAAAAUAUUUUUUUCCUGCCUGUCCACACUCAGUGACCCAUAUCAUAUUUGCACAUUCACAUUGAUGUAGCCUCUGAAGAAGCACACAGAUGCAAUGCUCAUUUCCUGUUACUUUCCAUUUUUGGGUGGUUGUCCUGAUAACUGCAGGCAAUUGGCAAAAAACCCCACUUCAGAGCAAAUCGGAUCUGAGCAUCCAGAUUGAGGUAACAUAGAUAAUCCAGAUUUACAUUUACAUUUAAGUCAUUUAGCAGACGCUCUUAUCCAGAGCGACUUACAAAUUGGUGCAUUCACCUUAUGAUAUCCAGUGGAACAACCAC